AUGCACUUGCACUGUAUUCUUGACUUUGGUCCAGUCUACUCGUUCUGGUGUUUUGCCUUUGAGAGAUUUAAUGGUAUUCUUGGCUCAUACCAUGUGAAUAAUCACAACAUUGAGGUUCAAUUAAUACGUCGAUUUUUAGAAAAUCAGCAAAUUGGAAGUUUCCAUUGGCCUGAUGAAAUUGCUCCACUGAAAACUGUUCUUCGGCCAUCAUUGUCGUUGAAAGGCUCUCUUGCAGCUGUUGCCAGAGUUACUGGGGACGAACAUCGACAGGCAUUGAGGCAAAUUAAUUCUAGAGGGGAUAAUUUAAAAGAACGAGACUAUACUAGUGGUAAGUUUUAUCUGCCAUUAGGAACGAUUAAGGCUAAAUAUCUUUGUGAUGAAGAAUUGUCUGAUAUCAGAUCAAUGUAUGAGAAACUCCAUGAACCAGGCGAAAUUGAAUCGGUUCAUCAAUAUUACGAGGAGUUUUAUGAACUAUUGAAUGUCGGAGAACUUUUUGGAUCGAAGAUGUCAAGAAAUUCUGGGUCAUUUUUCAUCCUUGCAAGAUGGCAUGGACAGUUGGAGCUUGAUACUGUGACGUCAGACAGGAGACCUGGUGAGUUACUGUUACUCGAUAUUUUUGGUCCUUUACUACUGUGUACUGUGCACAAAAUUGUUUUUUCUUACUUUUAUUAGGCCUCAUAAUUUAGUUGUCUUAAGGACAGUGGAAGUAUAAAUUAAGUUUUAGUUAUUACAAUUCGUUUCAGGGGAAAUCGAUCAUUUCCUGCGCCAUAAACUAACAGUCUGGAAUGGUGAUGGUGGCAAUACUGUCUUGAGGUAUAUUGUGGCUUGUGUUCAUUGGCUGAAGCUUCAUCCUCACUGCCGAAAGUAUUUUGGGUUGCCAGUUCAGGUAUGUCUUCAGGACUACGAACUCCCAUCUUCAGCCACAUUCAUCCCCGUUGGCCAUAUAUCUCACAGAUGUGCAGCUGCGAAGGUCAAGUACAAUCUUAGAACAAUUAAUGGAGAUGAACAGAUUGUCGUAAUAACGCCUAUCGAAAGGCAAUUUUAUAUGUGA